AUGGCGGUCAGUGGAGUCCGGCCCCCGUCUCAUCAGACGAACACGAACCGGACCUUCAGGGCGAGGAUGAUGAGCCCUCGUCUUCAUCACAGCUCCGGACUGAGCGAUCACAGGAAACAGGAAGUGGAUCCGUGAGGAGGUCUUUAGAUGAUCACGGUCACAGAAAUCAGCCACAGAUGGAGGACCCGCGUCCUCCAGGAGGGAUAAAUGUAGGUUUAGGAAGUAAUCAGCGACCGUCCGCCAAAACAGACGAGGACGAGUGUUUGUCUGAAACUGUGACGGAGUCAGAGAGUCUUUGAAUGUUUGAGUAAAACCGACGAGUGAAAACACGCUCAGCUGUGAACAACACACCAAACAAACAGAUCUACUCUGUCACGCUCCUCAGGGAGGUCCGUAUCCCUCCACAGAGGAACUCAGAAAUAAAAGAGAGACGUGAAUCCAUCCCAUAAUACAGCAGCAACACUCUUACUCUGUUCGGAUAUAAAGAUGUAAUAUUAACGACCGUCUGUCGAUCCUGAGACUGGACCUGUGGGCGUUAUGUGCUUCUGUAUUUGAUCCACCUGCUGGUCUGGAGCGAACCGGAGCCAUUCCAUUUCCAGGGGAAUUCCGGGGUUAGACUCAGCGCCCCCGUUCUCUGUCAGUCUGGGACCCCCUAUAGCGGCCAAAGUCUCCCCAUUACCUUACUCUGGUCCCUGUGAGAACCCUGAUCCGCUUUGUUUCUGCUGUUUCUGCGCUCAGACAAAGUCGGACAGAGCUUCUGGUUUUUUUCACAGCUGUGGGGUCACAUAAGCCUGAGGCUAACCGUUAGCACCCACGCUAGCUUCCAUUGACCUCCACUAACACAGCUGUGUUACUUUUUACACAGCCCCACAGUAAUGUCUUCACAGAGAACACCCAGUCCUCCACAGCGCGACCGUUUCACUGCGACUAAAAAUAGAUGAAAUAGAUCAAAUAUAUUUAGGGUCAAAUGUGCGAAUAAAAAAAAUCAACAAAUGUUUUUUUUCCUGUAAAUUCGGCGGUGAAGUUAGUUUUAGGUUAGAUAUUUAGGUUGGCACCCUCACUGUCAACGUCGGUGUUGAAUAAGGGACCGUCAAUAAAUUACCGGUUGAUGUUCUCAGAAAAGGCUGUUUUCCUUCAACAGCUUCACUGUCAUGUGACCAAAAGACCUCAAAUUGAUUUCUAAUAAUAGUACUAAGGUCGAUCAAUAAGACAAACAUUAUUGAUCAGUUUUCAUUGAUCCCCUAAAGUUCGUUGUGCUCCUUACUUCUUUAACUCAGGAGAACAAAGUUAGAGUCGAACCCUGUAAGACUCGCUGUCAGCGCCCCCCUUAACUUUCCGUAGACUAGCGCGGCCCUGAUUGGACGGCACAUCCUGACAUCAGGUUUGUAACAGGAAGUCUGGGGAUCUACCCCCGUCCUGUCCAAGAGUUGUUAGAUUUGAUGUUUGGAGCAAAGCUCAGAUCAGCAUCAGAGGUCCAUCAGGAGAAGUUGUGGGAGGAGCUACCACAGCGUCACACACCGCCAUAACAAACCAGACGAGCCCGAUGGAAACCAGCCUUACAGAUCCAAGCAGACCGUCAGGGGGGACUUCGGCCGUAUCGUAGACCUCGAAGUCGAGUUUUUGUUGGGUUGGGUUCCUACAGCUUUGCAGGGUCAUGAUUCUCGCUGUUGUAGCUUCAACGAGCUAAAGGACGAGCUAAAGGACGAGCUAACUGAGCUUCAGCCUCCAAUCAGAGAGGCUGUUGAAAAGGUUAGCGUAGACGUUUAACUGAAGAUCGACUCUUUUUCAUGGGUUUUAAUCCAAAUCUGAACUCGACGGUUGAACCUCAAAUUUGGAAAAUCUGAAACUUUGAGAUUUUUGGAUGUUGUGGCUGAUUUCUGUGUCUGUGAUCUUCAGUUAUCGUCAAUCUGAAGAUCAACCAGAGGCUGUUUCUCUCUCUCUCUCUCUCUCUCUCUCUCUCUCUCUCUCUCGCCCACUCCAGCAGCGGUCGCUCAGCCUUCCUUCGUUUCUGUAAAUCUGCCAAAGACUUGUUAACCUUUUCUACCGGGGAGGGGGAGUCAAACAGCAGCUACAGGGUUACUCAUGGCCCCGCCCCCCUCUGCCACAGGGGGCGGGGUCAUUUAAAGGGGAGGGUUGUGUUUUUUUCAAAGUACUGUUUUAUUUUGUGGUGAAAUUUAAAUCGAAUGUCAUGUGCAAAACUAAAACGAACCAAUCAAAAAUGGCCUUUCUCCCACUGGUGCUGAAUUUUGUGACGGACAGACUCUGUAAGCCGUGCAGUCCAGAUUUUUUUUCUCAUCUCUUCACAUCCCUCCAUCUUCACCGAUGGACGGGGGGUGUGUCCUUGCGUGUGGACGCGCAGGGGCAUGCUGGGAAAUGCAGUAUAAAUAACGAAGGCACUGUGAUGGAGGACAGACGUGGACGUAGCACUCGGACUCCUGUGGACAAACGAACUGACCUCGUCAGGACAAAAAAAAACUGUUUUCAUUUCGUGUUUUUGUGGAGCAGAAAGAGGAGAUUCAUAUGAAAUAUGAAGGAGUCAGUCAGCUGUUUGUUGUUGUUGCUGUUGUUGUUGUUUUUCUCCUUUUAUGUUCCUGCUUGAAUCACAAUGCAUUCUGGUCCUUGUAGUCCUGUGCUUCCUGGUUUUGUGGGUAACUAAAGGUGCGGUGGGUUUUCGGGUCAUAAUCAUUCUCAUGGUUGAUUUUUCGUGUGGAUGGAGUCUGUUGUUCGUGGCGUAGGAAGUGUUACCCGGAGGAAAGAAAAAACGUGGUUGUUUUUUGGGGCGGGAGUGAGACCUCGCCGCUCUCUGUGGUUUACAGCGUCUCUGAGCUCAAUCAUAACCAGAAGACAUCGUUUUUCUACAUCCAAAUGUCUGCUUACUCUAUUCUCGGAAAGAAUCAAAACCUCUUUUGUAUAUUUUCUUAUCGGAUGCUUAUAAAGUCCUGUUAGAGAAUGCAUUUAUCUGAUUGGCUAAAGAGCUAACGAGGGGUCAGAGGUCGCCCGGCCUCAUCAGGACAGAUUUUUCCUGCGCUGCAUGAGCGGGAAAAUUAAAAAAAAACAAUUACUGAAUAAACUUUGAAGACGAUUUCAGAGAGAUGUUAUAAAGUGUAUGAAUCUGUGUUUGAUAAAUUCACCAAUAAAAAAAUUCACAAAGUUUCAGUUUUCUGCGUCUUUAUCGAUCAGCUGACGGCCGACUCUGAAAACCGCUCUGAUGGAGAGGAGCAGGAAGAGGAGGGCGGUGGCGGCUCUCCAGCCCUCGCCGCAGCCCGACCAUAUUGUGGUUGUUAUCUCAUUAUGAGGUCCGCUGCUGUUUUCUCUGUUUCAUGGGCCGCUGCCAGAAAACUGUUUGGUGAGAGGCCAGUUAUUCCUGGAGGAACGCCAAGACAGCACGCCUCCUGUCAGCCAAUCAGAGAGCUCAGACACUCAGUUAGUCCCGCCUCAGGUUAGACAAAAGAAGACUUAAAAUUUCUGCUUCCAGUCAAACUUUGUUGAUUUUGUUUCAACCCAGUUUCACUUCAUCCUCUCAGGUCAGGUAAAUCCCACAGCUGAGCGUCUGGAAGAUCCCACCAAUCAGAGCUCUGUUAUCUCCGUCUGA